GGGCAAGUUUGACCCCCAGGACAUGGACAAGAAUGUGAAUGCCAUUCAGACAGUGUCUGGGAUCCUGCAGGGGCCCUUUGACCUGGGCAAUCAGCUACUGGGAAUGAAAGGCGUCAUGGAGAUGAUGGUGGCGCUGUGUGGCUCAGAGCGCGAGGCUGACCAGCUGGUGGCCGUGGAGGCCCUCAUCCACGCCUCCACCAAGCUCAGCCGUGCCACCUUCAUCAUCACCAAUGGUGUGUCAUUGCUCAAAAGCAUCUACAAGACCACCAAGAAUGAGAAGAUCAAGAUCCGCACACUGGUGGGCCUCUGCAAGCUCGGCUCUGCAGGGGGCACAGACUAUGGUCUCAGGCAGUUUGCUGAAGGGUCCACAGAGAAGCUGGCCAAGCAGUGUCGCAAGUGGCUGUGCAAUGCAGCCAUAGACACCCGCACCCGGCGCUGGGCGGUGGAGGGCCUGGCCUACCUCACCCUGGAUGCUGAUGUGAAGGACGACUUUGUCCAGGACAUCCCGGCUCUGCAGGCCAUGUUUGAGCUGGCGAAGACCAGUGACAAGACCAUUCUGUACUCAGUGGCCACCACACUGGUGAACUGCACCAACAGCUAUGAUGUCAAGGAGGUCAUCCCCGAGCUGGUGCAGCUGGCCAAGUUCUCCAAGCAGCACGUGCCUGAGGAGCACCCCAAGGACAAGAAGGACUUUGUGGACAUGCGGGUGAAGAGGCUCCUGAAGGCAGGUGUCAUCUCCGCUCUCUCCUGCAUGGUGAGAGCAGACAGUGCCAUCCUCACUGACCAGACCAAGGAGCUGCUGGCCAGGGUGUUCCUGGCGCUGUGUGACAACCCAAAGGACCGAGGCACCAUUGUGGCUCAAGGUGGUGGCAAGGCCCUGAUCCCGCUGGCUUUGGAGGGCACGGAUGUGGGCAAGGUGAAGGCGGCCCAUGCUCUGGCCAAGAUCGCGGCUGUCUCUAACCCGGACAUCGCCUUCCCUGGCGAGCGGGUCUAUGAGGUGGUGUGGCCCCUUGUGCGUCUUCUGGACACGCAGAGGGACGGGCUGCAGAACUAUGAGGCUCUCCUGGGCCUCACAAACCUGUCUGGGCGGAGUGACAAACUCCGGUGA